AUGAAACAUCACAAGCCGCUAGACAUCAUUUUAUUAUUAGCUCCAUAUUGUCGUGCAUGUCGUCUUGUUCAAUGCCUAAAAGUCGGGAUGAAAUUAAAUUUAUCGACCGUUUUGGAGGUCAAAAAUUCCAAAGAUGAUGCAGUGGCGACCUUGAUCGAAAGUCUUUUAUAUCAGGAUGCAAAACGAGAAAAAACGCUAAUGGCUCAGUUUACAUUCGAAAAUCCAACUCUAGAAGAAGUCAUCGAGUCAAAACAGUUGACGAUUGUCGCCAGGGACCCAACACACGAAAUGACAAGUUCCGAUUGGUGUUUCUUCGGCGCCUAUACCGCCGUAAAAUUCCUAUUAGGACUCACUUUCAUGAAACAGUUGAGCACGAGGGACAAGACUUUGCUACUUGCCAACUACUCGGCUAAAGCUACACUGUUGUUCAGUGCAAUUCGAACGAUGAGAGCGAAAAAUGAUAAGAUGAUCAAGCCAGACGGAAAGGAUUUUUUCAUGGAAUUCUUGUCAAAAUGGUCCGAUUUCUCGCUCCAUUUCACGAAUCGCGUCCGAAGUAUGCUUGUCAAUCGGCUCAUUGAAUUGGAAAUCACUAAUGAGGAAUUCAUACUGCUUACUGUACUAUUCUUCUGCAAUCCUGUGCUCGAUGGCCUAUCCGACCACGCCGUUUCAAUACUUACCGAACAACAAAAAGUCUACAGUUCAGCUCUAAUGCAAUACUGCCUUCUGACCUACCAACAAAACGGACCAUCCCGAUUCACAGAACUUCUUUCCCUCUGUACAGUAACCAACAAGUACUUCGAAGACGUUCAGUAUCUGUACUGGAUCUUCCAGUUUCAUUUCCACGUCAAAUACAAAAAUCUGGUGGCCAGUGUGAUUUAA